AAUUGUUGUUUGACGUGAUAAGUUUUGCUUUCGUUGAAACUGAUUUUAUUAUUUGAAUAAUUACCGCAGUUAUAGUUUUUUUUAAUGAAAGUGGCUGUUUUAAAAAUAUGAUGUGACUCUUUAAUUAAAGUUUACUUCAUGCUGAAGUGUAAUUCAUACUGUUUAGUAUUCAAAGCUUGAAAGCCGAUUACUUUUUUUCCGUGUAAGCUUAAGAGUUGUUACUAAAUUUCUAACGUAUCAUGUAACUUCUUUAAGCUAUAAAUCAUUGGGUAGCUACUGUACAAAAAUUUCAGGUAGUCGUAACAUACCAUAUGUGACACAGUUUUACAAAUUCCUGUUUAAACAUGUUUAUGUGAUCGGGCAGGAAGUCUUAUUUUUGUGAACUAUAAGAAAUAAAUUUUCAAUUAAACAUUAUUGUGAAUGAAGGCAUUCUUAAGGUGUCCUAAUAGCAAGCACCAGAUACGUCACAUAAAUAAUUUGUGUUUAUCCUUUUACGAAGAAAAAUGCGUAUUUACAUCAGGCAUGAAAUGCUAGAAUAAACCAACUUAAAACUACUUUUACCGAAAUUUCUGUUUAGCAGCCAGUUUUACAUUCCUUCAGAGGAUGAAAUUCACGAGAUACGUAGCAAGUUAUAUUAAGAAUGUAAUACAGUUAUCAAUAUAGUGCAAAUUGCCUGUUUUAGGAGGAGCAUGUUCUAGGUUCAGGGUUUGUAACAAAGUAACAAAUCAUGUUGAAGAGGUAAUAUUUAAAACAGCACGUGCAUAUCCAUGCUGAACAAAAGCCUCGUAUGUAUGAAAUUUGUAUGAUGUCAUUUAGUCGAAAAACCACUUAAAAGAUGCAUAUAUUAAUUCAAAUUGGAAAGAAAGCUCUUAUAUGUGAGGUAUGUAGACAUUUAGUUAAAAGACUAAUUCAGACAAUCAUCUGCUUAUUCUCACAGGAGAAGAACCUCAUGUAUGUGAAGUAUUUAAGAAAUCAUUAAGUCAAAAGUUCAGUUUAAACAUGUAUGUGCUUACUCACGCAGGAGAGAAACCUCAUAUAUGUGAAAUAUGUAAGAAGACAUUUUGCCAGAAGGGUAAUUUAAACAGCCAUAUGCUUAUUCACACAGGAGAGAAGCCUCAUGUGUGUGAAGUAUGUAAGAAAUCCUUUAGUCACAAGUCUACUUUAAGAAGCCAUAUGCUUAUUCACACAGGAGAGAAACCUCAUGUGUGUGAAGUAUGUAAGAAAGUCCUUUAGUCAGAAGUCUGCUUUAAACACCCAUAUGCUUAUUCAUACAGGAGAGAAACCUCAUGUUUGUGAAGUAUGUACGAAGUCAUUUAGUCAGAAGUCUGCUUUAAACACCCAUAUGCUUAUUCAUACAGGAGAGAAAGCUCAUGUUUGUGAAGUAUGUAAGAAGUCAUUUAGUCUGAAGGCUAAUUUAAAUGCUCAUGCACGUAUUCACACAGUUGAGAAACCUCAUGCAUGUAAAGUAUGUAAGAAGUCGUUUAAACAGAAAGACCAUUUAAACAAGCAUAUGCGUACUCACACAGGAGAGAAACCUCAUGUGUGUGAAGUAUGUAAGAAAUCCUUUAGUCACAAGUCUACUUUAAGAAGCCAUAUGCUUAUUCACACAGGAGAGAAACCUCAUGUGUGUGAAGUAUGUAAGAAAUCCUUUAGUCACAAGUCUACUUUAAGAAGCCAUAUGCUUAUUCACACAGGAGAGAAACCUCAUGUGUGUGAAGUAUGUAAGAAGCCAUUUAGUCUGAAGAGUAAGUUGAACACUCAUGCAGUUAUUCACAGAGGAGAGAAACUUCAUGUUUGUGAAGUAUGUAUGAAGUCAUUUAGUCAGAAGUCUGCUUUAAAUACCCAUAUGCUUAUUCAUACAGGAGAGAAAUCUCAUGUUUGUGAAGUAUGUACGAAGUCAUUUAGUCAGAAGUCUGCUUUAAACACCCAUAUGCUUAUUCAUACAGGAGAUAAAGCUCAUGUUUGUGAAGUAUGUAAGAAGUCAUUUAGUCUGAAGGCUAAUUUAAAUACCCAUAUGCUUAUUCAUACAGGAGAGAAACCUCAUGUUUGUGAAGUAUGUACGAAGUCAUUUAGUCAGAAGUCUGCUUUAAACACCCAUAUGCUUAUUCAUACAGGAGAGAAAGCUCAUGUUUGUGAAGUAUGUAAGAAGUCAUUUAGUCUGAAGGCUAAUUUAAAUGCUCAUGCACAUAUUCACACAGUUGAGAAACCUCAUGCAUGUAAAGUAUGUAAGAAGUCGUUUAAACGGAAAGACCAUUUAAACACGCAUAUGCGUACUCACACAGGAGAGAAACCUCAUGUGUGUGAAGUAUGUAAGAAAUCCUUUAGUCACAAGUCUACUUUAAGAAGCCAUAUGCUUAUUCACACAGGAGAGAAACCUCAUGUGUGUGAAGUAUGUAAGAAGUCAUUUAGUCAGAAGUCUGCUUUAAACACCCAUAUGCUUAUUCAUACAGGAGAGAAAGCUCAUGUGUGUGAAGUAUGUGAGAAAUCUUUUAGUGAGAAGUCUAAAUGUAGUAGACACAUGCUUAUUCACACAGGAGAGAAACCUCAUGUGUGUGAAGUAUGUAAGAAGUCAUUUAAACAGAAAAAUUAUUUAAAGAAGCAUAUGCUUAGUCACACCAGAGAGAAACCUCGUGUGGGAAGUAUGUAAGUCAUUUAACCAAAAAAAUUAUUUAAACAAGCAUUUGCUUAGUCACACCAGAGAGAAACCUCAUGUGUGUGAAGUAUGUAGAAAGUCCUUUAGUCAGAAGUCUCAUAUAAGCAGUCAUAUGCUUAUUCACACAGGAGAGAAACCUCAUGUGUGUGAAGUAUGUAAGAAAUUUAAACAAAAGGAUAU